AUGCUCAAUCACAGUCAAGAACGGAAGAGGGAAGAAGAACAAAGGAAGAGGAGUGAGAGGUUUCGCCUCAAAGAUGGCAAGGGUUCAGAGAAUGGCCGCUAUCUUGAUAAUAGGAGGAAUGCGCAUGACAGCCACAGACAUACUCAACGCACAUACCAACCUACUCCCUUUCCAACAGCUGCUAAGGAAAAUCCCAGAACCAUAGAGAAAGUCAACACAGUACGACACAAUCCAAAAUGGGAACUGGACGCACAGAUAGAGAUAGCGGCAUCCAAGGAAGAAGCAGUCCAAGCCGAUGAAGCAGCAGAUGAGGAAGUUAGAAUCUACUCGGAUGGAUCAGCAAUAGACAGGGGAGUAGGAGCAGCAGCAGUAUUGACAAGGGAAGGAAGAAAACUGAAGAUCCUGCACUUCCACCUAGGACCAGCCUUGCAGCAUACAGUAUAUAAAGCAGAAAUCGUUGAAAUGAUCCUGGCCGUGGAACUCCUGAGAUGA